AUGGAUAUUGAUUUGAAUCCAAUUGUAACUGUUGAUUCAUUAUUGAAAACUUAUCCAUCAUUAAAACGUAUUCCUGAUACAGAUCGCAUUAAAUGUAGUUGGACUCAACAUGAAAUGCCAACUCGUGUUGAUGCUAUUGAAAAAUAUGUUCUAGGAAAAAAAUAUCAACAAUUAUUAAAGAAAAAUUUUGAUUAUGAUUCUUUAGAAAAAUAUAAAGAAUUUCUUGAACCAAGUACUAAAAAAAAUCAUGAAAAACAAUUAUUUUGCAAAUUAACAUGGCGUCAUCUAAAUAAAGAACCAGAUCAUAUUAUAAAACAUAUUGAAGGAAAAAAAUUUAAGCGUGCUUAUGCACAAUGGCAAGAAUGUCAAAAGAAUGGUACAGAAUAUGUUCCAGUAGGUCGAAGAAAAAAGAAACAAAUAUCAACUGAAGAUGAUGAUAAUGAUCAAUAUGUUGAUUUAAGUGAUGAUGAAAUUCUUAUAGACGAUGAUGAUGAUGAUGAUCUGUCUGAUUUGUAUCCUGAUUUUCGUCGUUUACGUACAAGCGAUUUAAAAUUACGAACAACUACUGAAGAAAAUAAUGAUGAUGAUACAAGUGGAAAAAAAAGAAAAGCAGAAACAUCAAAAAUUAAAAAACCAAAAAAACUUGCAGCACCAAGUUCAAAACGUAUGCGACCAUCUGAUGAGAAAACGGCCAAUGGUGAUGAUUUAGUUAAACCAACAACAACAAUGACUUUAACUAUUUAA